ACCAGUCAAUCUGUCCGCACGAGUAAUUGCCAUAGAUAUCAAAACGUGUAGCUCGCGAUAAUGGUUUAUUUGUGACUCCGGCCGGCGAGCAAAAGACAACAACAUUUCUUGAUAGGUUAAGUUCCUCAUGAGCGCAAGGAGAGUGUCCAAGGAAUCUGCCGUCAUUCUUCGCAAAAAAAUUUUCUUCCCGAUAAUACUUUCACGGGAAAUCGAACCAGCAGCGAACUAAACUAAAGAAGAAAGAAAUCGCAAUGAUGUCGUUCGCGGUCUUCUUUCUCCUUGGAUUGAUGUUACUCGUUCCAACUUCAGCAACUGACGAGCCAUGGGUCAGAGACAUCAAAAACAAAAUGGCGACCAUCAACGCUGACAACUGCCAUGUGCAGCCCGAUCUAAGUCUUCGUCCACGACCAUUUGACAUGCUAAAACAGGAUCGGUUUAAGAGGAUGUCCCUUGCUGUAUUAAACAGGGCCUUCUUCUUUAGCUACAUUCUACAGAAGCUGAAUCAAACGUUCUACGACUUCCAAUCCCUACCCAACCUUGACUACUACUACCUUUCGGCAAGCACGGCCGUCGCUUCUGUACCGCAGGCGCUUGCCUCCGGAGUCUACUAUGAUAAAAACACAAUGUACCCUAACUUUGACCGCGCGCUUUACUUCAAUCAAACUUAUCCACUGUUUGGCGUCCGAUCUGUCAGGACAGACUUGCAGAACGCGUUCGACCUCAUGAGCAUCGCCGACUCAGGGAAUUAUACCACGCGUGCUGCGAAGAAGUAUACCCCGUGGUACUGGAUUUAUUUACCGGACCCCAAAGGUGACUAUUUCAACCAGCAGUUCUAUACUGUUGCGAAAACUAAAGCAACUGGAGAAACAGAAUUGACGGCCAUUAGGGCUCCUCUUUCAGACAACGGAUUCGACUUUACUAUGCCCUAUUUUGACUGCGGAAGAACCAACAAAUGGAUCACAACAGCCGUUUCACCUAUCACUGACGUCCUUCCGAGAUACACCGGGUAUGCGUAUUUGCGACGCUCCAGGACUGUUGCAGUGGCUGCGAUGGAUAUUGAAUUCGAUUUGAAUCAAAUCGAUGCUGGGACAGAAAGACCCAAGGUUUCAAUCGCCGAUCAGUUCAGUGAUCAGAUGAAAGGAAUGUUUGUCAACCAUCUACGAAAUGUGAAUCCGGGAAACUGUGGUUCCCUGCCGGAUCACAACCUGACUAUACACGAGCGGGUCUUCGAAGGGAGAAACGAGGUAUUCCCCCACCAACUGAGAACAGCCGAGAGACUAGCGAACUUUAUCUCAGGGAUUCUGCGUACGAGGAGCUUGGGCUUGGAGAGUGCAGCUGGCGAUGUCUUCCCCAUCGACAAGCAGCAAAUACUUGGCGAAGUCAUUGCCGCGGUCAUGGCGGAUGACCUCAUCGUUCGUACAGGAAUCUACUUCGAGAGAGACGAGGCGGGCCUACUGGCAACUGAAUACUUCGCCCCUGUCGCCUGGAGAGAGAGGGACCAAUAUGGGGUUGACCAGUUCAAGGUAAAGGACAUGGCUGAGGAAAUGAACCUGGCUGGCGGACACAACUACACCGAAGAAGAUACAUUCCAACUUUACAAGAACGGAGCGCCGAAAAAAUUCUCAUUUGAGCACAUUCUUACUGGUGCUGCUGCUACAGGAAGUUACCGCAGCCGGAGCCUGGAUCCCGGGAUGAGCAAAGAAGGCAUGAUCUACCCAGCAGUAGCGCCCGACACGGGCACCCAAGGAAAUGUUUACUUCGACUGUGGCGGUCUGGGCGAGUGGUUGUGGAAUUACACUGUCCCCUUCGCCAGGCUCCUGAAUCUGAAUGAACGAACGCAGACAUUCGCAGGUUUGGUGACGGUCACCAUCCGCCUAUCACCAGACGAUUUCAUCUAAAAGAUGACAAAGGCCCAGUGUGAAUAUCACAGUGGUAGCUACACAGAGAGCAAGGGUACCCUGUAGGUAGCUCGAAAACACUUCUUACGGCUUUAAACAGCAGUAUAACUAGUGAUUGGGUGAACUUAAAGGGAUAAGAGUUAACGCAUACGAUUAAUACGCUCCGAAUAAUUUAGAUGUAGAUUUGCAAUUACAUAUUUAGCUUGACAUAGAA